UUUGGUUUUCCGGAUUGAAUAUUUCAACGUUUAGUUUGUAGACACAAUUUAGAUAUGUUGUGGCAACAGCACUACAUUCCGGUCCAUAUUCUCUAAAAACAACAGGGUUGGUGUUACGUGGUGUGGUUUAAGAGCUAACAAGAUGGUGCAGAGGUUAACAUAUAGAAGACGAUUGUGCUACAAUACACAAUCCAAUCGAGUUAAAAUUUCAAAAACUCCAGGUGGGCGACUUGUAUACUUAUAUCCUGGUAAACCAGGCAAAGUUCCAAGAUGUGGUGACUGUCAUUUAAGGCUCCGUGGGAUAACCCAUGCUCGUCCAAGAGAGUUGUCAGCCUUGUCUAAACGCCACAAGACUGUUACAAGGACUUAUGGUGGAUCACGAUGUGGAAAGUGUGUUAGAAACAGGAUCAGCAGGGCAUUCCUUAUUGAAGAGCAAAAGAUAGUUGCUAAAGUAUUGAAAGCCCAACAAAUUACUACAAAGUCUGCAAAAUAAAAGUUCUGUAAUAAAGUUGUGUAAUUUAA